AUGGCACGUUUAAUAAUGUUCUUUAUUUUGGUCUUAUUGUCAAUUAAUUUAGUCCUUUCAAUUCCUAUCGAUGAUACUGACGAUACUACCAUUCACGAUGAAACACAAUGUCAAGCUUACAACGAGAAAGUCUCAUCUUUGGAUUCUAUUGAAUCUGCCUCAUUGGAACCAACGGAACUUAACGCCGAAUUAAAUCGUAUCGUUCAAACAUCCGAUGAUUAUUUUGGACUUCAUGAUGGCACGAAAACUUUUGAAGGACCUCGUAAAUAUAAAGUUUUGGUUAUUCCAAAAGAGAAAGGUGUCUACAAAGCUUACAAGUUGAUCGUGAUUCCAAAAGAAAAAUGUCGACACGCUAAAAUUUAUAAAUUGAUUGUUAUACCAAGAAUUGUUGGUAAAUGUGGUGCUAAAGUGUAUAAAUUUAUUAUUAUUCCUAAACAUGCUCCUGAAAAAUGGAGAGAAUACAAAGUUUUCAUUGGUAGAUGGCAUUGUUAA